UAUUUUUAGAGUUCUUUGUUUCAUAUGUCAAACGUAGAAAUGUGUUUUAGUGUGCAAAUGAAGUUUUCUCUAAUAAAAUUGUAAUUAAGCAGUUAUGUACAAACGCCAUUCAAAUCAUUAGUGCAAAAGUACAUCACCAAUAUGGAAAGGGAUACCGACACUCUCAGAGGGAUCAAGAACUUUACUAAGAAUGAGAUGGGAUUUAUUCACCAGUAUAGAUUGUUAUUGUGGAAAAACUUCACAUUAAAAAAGAGAAGUCCAUUUGUUUUGUUAUUUGAAGUAUGCAUUCCUUUAGUACUGUUUUUAAUCCUCCUGCUGAUCAGAGAACGACAACCACCAGUUCCAGUCAGAACAGGUCACCAGUCAGCGUUUCCUUUACCAUCAGCUGGAAUUAUUCCAAUUAUGGAAAUGUUUUGUGAUGGAGCUCAGAGAGAUGAAUUUGGUUUCCUUACUUUUCCACAUGCUAAAACUACAGAAUUUUUAAACAGAUUGCAGACAGUAGCAGAAAACCAUCAUUUCUUCCAGGAAGGUUACUCUCCAUCAGAAAUGGAUGAUCUUCCAGAUACCUUCAGAAGUAUUAUAGACAAUACUGCAGAUAUGCAUGAUACAUUUCAUAGUACUAAAAAUUUAACAGUAUAUUCUGUGUUAACUGACAAGGAUGAGUUUGCAGACUUUCUUCAUAAAAACAUGUCUAUUCCAAUAGAUGACAUCAAUUCAUUGUUAAAUUCUACAGUAAAUAUACGCAAAAUUUACAGACUUCUUUUCGGAUCAGACAUACUCUAUACAGAAAAUGGAUAUAAAGUGAGAGUAAGACGUGAAGUAGAAAAAGGGUUCAUACAUGAUCUCAGACCAUUUACCAUACUUCAUCAUUUGACCAAAUAUUUACCUACGCAUCAGGAUUCAAGUAUGGAAGAUACUUUACACAAUAGUGCCAUUCAAAAGUUGAUAAAUCAUAUGAUGGAUCCUGAUCUUCUUUUGAAUGAAACAUUUAACUUGCCAGCCAAUGAACUUGCUCAAAUUCUUAAGGGGAUCCUAUUGUCUCCUUCUAAUUUACAUAAAAUUAGCUGUGAUAAUAAAGAAUUUUUACAGAUAUUCAUCCAAGAUUCAUCUUCAGACACAAUUCUUAUGGAGGAACUACAGAAACGUUUAUGUAACCUUAGUAUAGAUGAGUUGAAAAGUUUAUCAUCAGAACUUCAGAGACAAAUAAAUGAGACAGAAAUGAUAGAAAUUUUUCAUUUGAACAGUUUUAAUAUAACUAGAGAAAUACAUGACAUCCAGAAAUUUAUGACAAAGCUACAAAAGUUUUAUGAAUUUGAAGUGACCUUGACUGAAAUGGCAUUCUUAGCUGAUUAUCUUCCACAAGAUGCUUGUAUAGAUGGUAACAGUACUUCAGCUACAACCCCCGCUAUGAAUACAUCAACAACAGGGAGGCCACCUAUUAGUGGGGAUAGUGAAAAGGACGAUUCACAUAAGGAUGGCAAAGGAGGUCAUAAAGGCAAUAAUGAUCCGACAAAAACUAAGAUGUAUGGAAUGUUGCACUUAUGGAAUGUAGUGCAGAAAACAAUAUGUGGAAAAGAAACACAUGCUCACAUAAAUCCUGCCAAAAAAUCAACAAAAGGUGGUGGAAUUCAACAUCUGGAUCUCAGUGAUCUAGACGUGUCUGCAGCACAACAGAAUCAUUUGAAGAUCCUAGUACAUGUACUGUUCAGUAAUCCUAAAGUACUGUAUGCUCCAAACAAUACAGCUGCAGAUACCAUUAUUAUAAAGGCUAAUCAAACAUUCCAGUUGAUUCAGGAAGUUAAUAUAUAUGCCAGAAAAUGGCAGAAUGUUUCAGCAGAACUUAGAGCUUACUUACUAGAAAAUAAAACAGAACAUAAUCUGAUAUCUAUACGACAAAUGCAACAAGAAAUCAAUAAUACACAUGGACUGAUCCCAAGUUAUAUUAAAUCCUCCCCAUUAAUGACAAAGUUUUUACAAAGAGAAGUACCAGAUAUAAGCCACUUUCUUCAUCAAUUAGAUUCCAUUGAUAAUGCAGCAUGCAGCUGGCUGUCACUGAUAUCAAAUUUUACUUUGGAUGUUUUCCGUGGAUUUGCUUCUGAAGAGGAUUUAGUUAACUACUUUUUGACAAAAGCUUACCAUGAAAAUGUUACAACAGUAGCAGGUGUAAUAUUUGAAAAUAUGCCGAAGACAGGAGAGCUACCUGCCCAUGUGACAUACAAAAUACGACAAAAUACAUCUUUUACGCCAACAACAAAGUUUGUCCGCAAUAGAUACUGGUUUCCUGGACCAGGUCCAUGGACUUAUCAAUACUACCAUUUUGGAUUUGUGUGGAUACAGGAUAUUAUAGAGAGAGCUAUUAUUGAUGUUCAGACUGGAAGAGAUGUUAUAGAACCUGGUGGAUACAUCAGACAAUUCCCUUUCUCCUGCUAUAAAUAUGAUAAAUUUGUUUUUAUGGUAGAACAUGUUGUCCCUUUAUGUUUAACAAUCUCCUGGCUUUAUUCUGUCUCCAUGUUAGUACAGAGUAUUGUGUAUGAAAAAGAACAGCGAUUGAAAGAGGUAAUGAGAAUGAUGGGAUUAAGUAAUGGCGUCCAUUGGUGUGCAUGGUUUACAACAACAUUUAUACAGUUUACCAUUACAAUGGCAGCCUUGACAGCAAUGUUAAAGUUUGGCCAUGUCUUAACAUAUAGCAAUCCAAUAAUUGUUUUCCUUGUCCUGGAAGUCUUUGCUGUUGCUACAAUUUCAUUUUCUUUCUUGAUUAGUGCAUUUUAUUCCAAAGCAAAAGUAGCAGCAGCUUGUGCAGGAAUUAUAUAUUUCUUGACAUACGUACCAUACAUGUAUGUAGCCAUCAAAGAAGACGUAGCUGGCGAUGAAAUAUCAGCAGAGAUCAAAUCUUUUGUGUCCCUGUUUUCAACGGCAGCCUUUGGUCUGAGUGGUAAAUAUUUUGCUUUUUAUGAAGAGGAAGGAGUAGGUGUUCAAUGGUACAAUAUUCAUCUGUCUCCUGUGGAGAAUGAUCAGUACAGCUUGCUGACAGCUGUCUUAAUGAUGAUACUAGAUACAUUCAUCUACACAAUACUGGCCUGGUACAUAGAAAAUGUAUAUCCAGGUCAGUAUGGUCUUCCUAAGCCUUGGUAUUUUGCCUUCACUAAGACUUACUGGUUUGGUGGAAGUAUGAAGGCUACAGAGACUGACUGCUCAUGGAGACAAUGUUUUAAGCAAGAUCCUACAUAUUUAUCUAUCAUAGAGGAAGAUCAGGCUUGUGCUAUGGCUUCAAGAAGUCCAGAUGAUGAAAGAAAGUUUGAAAAUGAGCCAGAGCAUUUAGUAUGUGGUGUACAGAUAGAAAAUCUGUCUAAGUACUACAAAACUGGAAAAAAAUUAGCUGUGAAGAAUCUGAACUUGAACUUUUAUGAAGGACAAAUAACAUCAUUUUUAGGACAUAACGGUGCAGGAAAAACAACAACCAUGUCUAUUCUGACAGGGAUGUUCCCUCCAACAGCAGGUUAUGCACUUGUUUAUGACAGUGAUAUCAGAACAGAAAUGGAUACAAUUCGACAAAGUUUAGGAAUGUGUCCACAACAUAAUGUUUUGUUUGACAAAUUGACAGUAAAAGAACAUUUAUGGUUUUAUACCAGCUUGAAAGGAAUGAAAUCAGAAGAUAUUGAUUCUGAAAUGGAAACAUUGAUAAAUGACAUAGAUAUAUCAGCUAAAUGUAACUCUACAGUAGACUGUCUGUCAGGAGGGAUGCAAAGAAAGUUAUCUGUUGCCAUAGCUUUUAUAGGAGGAUCUAGAACUAUAAUACUGGAUGAACCAACAGCAGGAGUUGAUCCAUAUGCUAGGAGAGCUAUCUGGGAUCUCAUUGUUAAAUAUAAACAUGGAAGGACGAUCCUCUUAUCAACUCACCAUAUGGAUGAAGCAGAUAUAUUAGGAGACCGUAUAGCUAUUAUAUCGGCUGGUCAGUUAAAGUGUUGUGGAUCAUCUAUAUUUCUGAAGAAUACUUUUGGUGAAGGUUACCAUCUACACUUGGUGAAAUCAGAAGACCAGGAUAAUACCAGUCAAGAUGACAUUCUUUCAGACACCAGUGAUACCCAGACAGAAUCUUUAUCCAGUAAAUGUAACAUAGAAGAAGUUACAUCAUUUAUUCAGAAAUAUGUAACAACUGCUUACCUCAAAUCAGAAUCCAACAGAGAAUUCCAUUAUAUCUUACCCUAUGAUGAAGCUAAGAAAGGAAACUUUGACAAGUUAUUUUCAAUGUUAGAUGAUAAUUUAAAUAACUUGCAUAUAUCUAGUUAUGGUGUUAUGGAUAUGACAUUGGAAGAAGUAUUUCUGAAGGUUACUGAAAUGGCUGAAGAGGAAGCUGCUAGAAAAGAAGAAACCAGAGAAGAAACUGUCACUAAUACUCCACAAACAGCUCUACCUAGUGAUACACAUUAUGAAACAGGGAAUGAGUUGCCUUCGAUCAUAUCAGAACCCCAUAGUGAACUAGAACUGGGUGAUAUAUCAAAUUUUAGUAGACGUGAUAGUAAUAUUUCUGAGGAUUUAACGCCCCCAUUAGGCCAAAGGAAUGAUGGAUAUAGUCGUCUAGUUAAUAUGGAAGAAGAAAAUGAUAUUUUGGGUGGAAAAUUACGUCAGUUUGAAGGGAAAGGAAGUUAUCAACUUACCAAAAAUUGGUUACGACUGAAUCAGUUCAGGGCAGUGAUUGUUAAGCGCUUUCGCUAUAUAACUCGAAAUGGCAGAGGAUUAUUUUCACAAAUAUUGCUCCCUGCUUUGUUUGUUUCCAUAGCAAUGACAGUAGCAUUGUCAGCUCCUAAAGUAGACGAUGCACCACAAAUAGUGCUUGACACAUCACAGUAUUAUAAUCUUACCCAGCCUAAGGGAAACUUCAUCCCAUUUGCAAUAGAGAAUGUUAAAAACUUUAACCAAUCAGGACAUAUAUUACAUACAGAUGCAGGACCACAUGUUCUUGCAAAUACAUUCCGAUUAGCUUCAGGUGUUGGAUCAAUUUGUCUGCUAAAAUCUGCAUAUAACAGUACAUUUGAUUAUGAUGUCAAGAGUAUAAAUGUCAGUAUGGAAAACUUUAAUCUCUUGAGGAAAUAUUACAUUCCUGAAUGUGGUGAUGCAUUUGUGUCGGGGAUACAUCUGAAAUCCUACGUGCCUCAAGUACCAAUAGUUGGAAAGGAUGUUACUAACAGUAAAUCACAUGUUACAAAGAUAAAAGUUCCAUCACACAAACCAGCACAUAUUCCCUACUACCCUCAAUGCAGUUGUGCCAAAGACUCUUCUGGAUUCAUAUGUGAUUCUGAAGAUACUUAUACUAGGCCUCCACAGUUCCAGGUAGUCACACAUGAUUAUAUACAGAACAUUACUGGAUCAAAUACAGAGGAAUUCAUCUUAUAUACUCAGGAUGCCUUGUAUAGACUACAUAGAUAUGGUGCCUUUUCAUUUGGAACUAACAGAAGUUUCAUCCCCAGAGAUUUUGGAAAGAAGUCUCCAACUUUGUUUAGGAAGGUAGCUGUUAAAAAUGCAGCACAGGCAAGAUAUAAUCAUAAAGGAUACCAUUCUGUGGCUGUGUACAUUAAUGCCCUGAAUAAUGCCAUACUGAGAGCUAAUUUGAACCCUAAAACAAAAGGCAAUCCAGCAGCUUAUGGUAUUACUGCCAUCAACCAUCCAUUCAACAAGACAAAUAACAAGCUCAACUUAGAUUUUAUACUACAAGGUUCAGAUGUAUUGAUUUCAAUAUUUGUUAUCAUCGCUAUGUCCUUUGUGCCUGCCAGUUUUGUUGUCUUCCUUGUGUAUGAAAGAUCCAUUAAAGCCAAGCACCUACAGUUUGUUAGUGGGAUGGAUCCAGUUGUUUACUGGAUAGCUAAUUAUGUAUGGGAUAUGUGUAACUACAUAAUACCUGCUGUGUGUAUUGUGACUAUACUGCUGAUAUUCCAGAUACCUGCCUAUACAACUACCAGUAACUUCCCUGCUGUUGUCUCUCUUUUCUUGUUGUAUGGUUGGUCCAUUACCCCAGUGAUGUAUCCAGCCUCAUUCUGGUUCAAAGAACCCAGUACUGCAUAUAUCUGGCUGAUAGUGAUCAACUUAUUUACUGGAAUUACGUGCAUUGUUUGUAGCUUUCUGCUGGAAAUUUUCUCGUAUGACAAGGACUUGGAAAAGGUCCACAUAAUACUUAAAGAUGUCUUCCUUAUAUUUCCUAACUAUUGUUUAGGACGUGGUUUAAUGGAUAUAGCCUUCAAUGAAUAUAAAAAUGAAUUCUACUUCAAAACAGGUCAGUAUGACUUGAUGAAGUCACCUUUAACCUGGGAAAUCACUGGUAGAAAUUUGGUAGCUAUGGCAGCUGUUGGAAUUUGUUUCUUUCUAUUGACAUUGUUGUGUGAAUUCAGGUUUUUCAUCAAAAGAAGUCAGGUACGCCAUUCCUCUGCGAUACCUUCUGUUGAAGAGGACGAGGAUGUAGCAACAGAAAGGAAACGUGUCAUGAGAACAUCAGGACGCAAUGAUAUCUUGCGUCUAGAAAAUCUAACUAAGGUUUACAAGACAAGGAAGUUGGGACACCAUUUAGCUGUUGACAGAUUGUGUCUUGGGGUACCUGCUGGGGAGUGUUUUGGUCUCCUUGGUGUUAAUGGAGCUGGAAAAACAACAACCUUUAAAAUGUUGACAGGAGACAUAACUCCUUCAAGUGGAACUGCUUAUCUAGGAAGAUUCAGUAUUUUAAAAGAAUUACUGCAAGUACAACAGAGCAUUGGUUAUUGUCCCCAGUUUGAUGCACUGUUUGAUGAAUUAACAGGAAGAGAACAUCUACGAUUGUAUGCCAGACUAAGGGGUAUUCCUCCAACUGAUGAAAACAAGGUUGUAGAAUGGGCAGUAAGGAAACUAUGUUUGACAAAAGAUGCCGAUAAGCCUUCUGGUACAUAUAGUGGUGGAAAUAAACGCAAAUUAUCGACAGCAAUAGCCUUGAUUGGUCAUCCACCUAUUAUAUUUAUGGAUGAACCAACCACAGGAAUGGAUCCAUAUUCCAGAAGAUUUUUGUGGGAUCUAAUAUUAAGUCUGGUAAAAGAUGGUAGAUCAGUUGUGCUUACUUCUCACAGUAUGGAGGAGUGUGAAGCUCUUUGCUCACGUCUUGCCAUUAUGGUGAAUGGAAAUUUCCGAUGUCUGGGUAGUAUACAACAUUUAAAGAACAGAUUUGGUGAUGGAUAUACAUUCUCUAUUCGUCUAAAGGGACCAAAUUAUGAAAGAUCAAAACAGAUGGUGGAAAAUUAUAUUCGAAGAAAUCUUGCUGAAGCUGUUCUUAAGGAGCACCACUUUAACAUGUUACAAUAUGGUAUUGGGAUAGAUCAAGUGACUGUGGGAGAUAUCUUCAGAAAGAUGGAGGAAAUUGAAAAAGACCUGGAUAUAGAAGAUUAUUCUGUUAGCCAGAAUACGUUAGAUAAUGUGUUUAUAAAUUUUGUAAAACAACAAGUUGAACUUGUUGAGCAAAAUGAUUCAGUUAAGAAGAUAAGAGGUCAUAGAUCAACUGGUAGAACUACCAUAGAGGAGGUAGAAGAGGAUGAUGAUGACCCAUUAUUGGAUAUUGAUUCAAAUGAGGAUGGUUUAGGGAAUGAUGAUGAUGCUUGUUUUGUUUUUACUGAAACAGGGACAAGGUUAACUUUGAUGGACAUUGAUUGAAGAGGAAUCAAAUCUUAUCUCUCAGUUAACAUGACAAAGGUUGAUACAGACGCCAUAGAUUUAUAAAAUAUGAUGAAUUAUAGGCAUUUUUAGACAUUUACUGUAAAACAUGAAUUUGUCAUCAUUUUGUCUAUUAGCAUUUUACAUUCAAUUUACUAUUUUCAUAUUGUGUAUGCAAACAAAUGAACAUUUGUUGAAAGUUAAAAUUUUAGUUUAUAUUAUGAAAUAUAGUGUAAACAUCAUAUUAGUUCAAUAUUUUGAAGUAAUUUUUCAUGAGUUGUCACAAAAAUCAUUUUUGAAAACUCUUGAAGGUUUUCCUUUAAACAAUGAAAACUUCAUGGAAAAUAACUUAAAAUUGAAAAGAAUCUGAACUCAGCUUAUAAUGUGAUGAAUGUCUUUCUUUAAGACAUCAAAGAUAUCUUUCCCAACUGUUUUCUAUUCCAUAUCAUUAAUUUUUGUAUUGUGUCAAUGACAUAUUUUUAGAAACUAGACUAUGUAAUUAUGAAAUAUUUCUCACACAAUUAUAAUCUAGAGAUAGAACAACAUGGCAUUUUUUGUAUUGCACAACAACAUGACAAAUCAAUUUUAAUUAUAAGGAGGUUCAUACACACUUUAAGUCUCUUUUGAGUUAUUUAUGUUACCACACAGAGCAAUUCAUGUCGGGCAUUAAUAAUAAUUUGAUUUAUCAUAGCAAUAUAUAUAUAUAUAUAUGUGUAUGUCAAUGCUUAAUACCAAUGUGGCACUGUCACAAGUUUUUUUUUUUUAUCUCUUUGCCAAACAUGACAAUGUGUUGAUGCUUAUCUGUUACAUUUCUUCAAACAGUUUUUCUUAUACAAUUGUUUCUAUUUAUAUAUAAACAAUGCUUCUGUUUAACUGAGUAUUUUUGUUUUAAUUAAUCUUAGUGGUAAAUGAAGACAUUGAAAAAAAAAAACAGUUAUUGAAAGAAGAAAUUUGACACAAUUUUUUCUGUCGCAAUGUUUUAUUUGAUGUUUGUCUGUGAUAUAUUUUUUUAUGUAUACUGUAAUUUUCUCUUCUUCUACUACUGAUCUCAUAUUAUUAUGUAUAAAGGGCCGUUUAAAUGUAUUUUUAAGAAAUUUCUGGAACAGUUGUGAGUCAUUUCUUGGAAAUAAAAUUUUAUUUAAAAAGCUCCCAAAGAAACCUGUUCCUAUAAAAUCAUUAUUACCAGUAUAUUACUCAUGAGGCAUUGCAUUCCUAAAAUCUCAGAAAAAGAUUAGAUAAGUCAGGUAUCUGCUCCUGAUGUUGUUUAAGAAAAUUAAAGUUUAUGUUAUAUAGUUUGAAACCGUAACUUUGGAGUCUUUAAAGCACAGCCUCGUUAAAAAAAUUGCAAUCUAACAAAUUAAAAGACAGUAGAUAUGCUUACUUAUGUUGGGUUUUAAUGGACAAUUACCUAUUUGUAAUAUAUUCUUCCUGUCCAAAAGUUAAAUGAAGUAUCUGUUAGGCAAAAAGCUUUUUUAAAGAUUAAAAUUGUUCUAGUUUUGUUUCCAAGUAGGUUUACAAACUUAAUUCAGAAAAGCUUAUAUAACUAGUAUAAUUUAAUUAAUUUAGAACCACCUCAAUUGCUUUUCCUGUACAAUUUAAGUUGUAUAAUGGGGGUGUUUUAACUCACUUUACUACCUAUGAGGGUUUUGUACUGUUGGAUUUACAACAUCUUGUAUUUGCUCACUUGACUGUUCAUUCAUUUAAUGGUAAAUAGAAAAAUGUUAUAUUUGUUACAUAAAUGUUAAUAUUCUGUCUCAAUUUAUUUAUUGUUGAUUUUUUUUUAUUAUAGUUUAUACUGCUGUGCUAUUUUGGACUGUAAAAAUGUAUGGUUACACAUGGGUAUCACAUUGCCCAUUACUAAAUAGAUGUUUACUACACACUCAAGUAAAAAUGUAUUGAGGUGACAUACUUGUUUCUUAAAUGUGUUCACAAAUGUUUAAAUUUAUACUUAAAAAGGAGUGAGUUAAUAAUCUUUCAAUAGUGAAAAAAUACUGAACUCGAAGGAAAAUUCAAAACGGAAAGUCCCUUAACAAUUGGCAAAAUCAAAAGAUAAAACACAUCAAACGAAUGGAAAACAACUGUCAUAUUCCUGACUGAGUACAGGCAUUUUCUUAUGUAGAAAAUGGUGGAUUAAACCUGGUUUUAAAGCUAGCUAAACCUCUCACUUGUAUGACAGCCGCAUAAAAUUCCAUUAUAUUGACAACAAUGUGUGAACAAAACAAACAGACAUAAUAGGUAAAAAUGUCAAUAAUAGGGGUGUAUUUCUGAGUAUUUCUUAAAAACACUUGUUUGAAACAUCUAUCAAACUUCAGUAGGUAAAUUAAAAGCAUAACAUAUUCACUUUCAUUUUGCUUAAUGAAGUUUACAUUAAAAUUUGAAACAUGUUUAUAGUGUUAUACUAUAUAAUAUGAUAUGAUAAUUUUACCUUAUUGGAAGAUCAUAUUUGUGAUUUGAAAUAUACUUACAAGAUAUAUAAAGGGAAAACCUGUUGUAUUGUUUUGUGAAAUGUUACCCAGUAUUAUUUUAGGAGGUUGUAAUUUUUGUUGUCUGUUUAGUAUUUUUUAUCAUUCCACAUCUUUGUUGGAAAUAAUCAUGAAAAUCUUGUCACUAAACAGUGUAAAUCGUUUUCAAUGUUUCAAAAAUUGAGAGCUUUUGAUUCAUAUGAAAAAUCAGUAUAAAUUAUAAUACUAAUGCACUUUCAUUUAGUGAUUUGCAUUUUGUUCGUACCUGCUUGAAAUAUCAUGUACACUCCUAAAAGUUUUAAAGCAUGAGACACACAAUAGAACUAAAUGUCACUUUUAAUAAACACUUAUGUUUUGUUAAAUAGUAGAACAUGGAAUAACAUAGCUGUUUAAGAUAUACCCAAUCAGACAAAAUGUAUAACUUUAGUAUAUUGUUUUUGUCAGUACAUUACAGUUUUGUUGAUUAAUCUGUCUUUCAAUUGAAAUAUUUUUACAUUAUAUUUUAUUGAUAGAUGUGUGCUAUGUGGUAUAUAUAUAUUUUUAAUAAAUAUACCUAAUGAAGUAA